AGAGGAAGGCAGCGACGCUGACCCUUCGCCUUCCCCGUCCCCAUCCGGUCUUCCCCCAAAUUCUGGGCGCGCAAAACCCUACGACGCCUCGCCGCGCCGGCCGCCGUAGAGAAAUCACACUAGGAGUCGGAGAGGGAAAGGGAGACGACCAGCUCCAGAUAGAUUAGGUGUGGCAUGUCCGCCUCUACGGCCGCCGCCGGCGGCAAACCGUCGAGGUCCUCCUCCGCUAUCGUCGCCGACACCGCGAGCGGGUACCACAUCCUCAGGAUCGAUGGCUACUCCGGCACCAAGGGUACCCCAACAGGCGAGUUCCACAAGUCCCACACUUUCACCAUUGGGGGUCAGCGCUGGUUCAUCCGCUAUUACCCCAACGGCGUCAAUCCGGCGUCUAUAGACUACGUAUAUUUUUAUCUUGUGCUUGACCAAAGUGUCAACAAGGAGGUGAAAGCGCAGCACAAAAUCCGUUUUUCCGAUCAGGUGGAAGCGACCCCCUUGUCAUUCGAACAAGUAAUCACCUUCCGUAGCCAUUCAAGUUCGGUCUAUCCAAUGUUCAUCAAGAGGGAAAACUUGGAGAAAUCAGAGCAUCUCAAGGAUGAUUCUUUCGUGGUCCGGUGUGACAUCAUGAUCAUCAACAAUAUAUAUGCCAAGGAGCUCCCUGAUGCCAUCACACCGGCUUUUAUCUCCGUGCCCCCCUCAGACCUGAGCAUGCACUUUGGCGAUCUCCUUGUAACUCAGAAUGGUGCCGACGUGGUGUUUGAGGUCGGCAGCCAGACAUUCCCUGCACACCGGUGUGUGCUUGCGGCCCGGUCUCCAGUCUUGAGGGCAGAGCUCUUUGGCGCAAUGAAGGAGAGUGUUGCUUCGAAUGUCGUCCGCAUAUACGACAUGGAGGCUCAGGUAUUCAAGGCUUUGCUCUAUUUCAUGUACACUGAUUCGUUGCCUAAGGCGAAAAAAGAUGAUGAAGAGGACGAAGAAGAGGAAGAUGUCAUGUCCCAGCACUUGCUUGUCGCUGCGGACAAGUACAACUUGGAGAGGCUUAAAUUGAUUUGUGAAGACAAGUUAUGCAAGUACAUUGAUGUGGGCACAGUGGCUACCAUCUUGGCACUAGCGGAACAGCACCAUUGCCAUGGACUGAAGAAGGCAUGCUUUCACUUUCUGAGCUCUCCCACAAAUCUGAGGGCAGUCAUGGCGACUGACGGGUUCAAACAUCUACAAAGAAGCUGCCCUGCGAUUAUGGAGGAGUUGAUUCUCAUGCUUGCCAAUUUGGUUCAGUGAUUCUGAAUUUCUGAUACUUAAUGGUUUAGAAAUGGUUGUUGAUAUUCUCUAGAUUUCUAUGUCCAGGUAGUGUUUAGCAAUGGCUGUUCCUGAUUUCCAGGUAGACUAAAUCUAUCCUAAGUUCCUAACUCUCACGGAGAUGCCAGGAUAGUCUGGCUUGUCUGUUCUUUGUAGUUGACUGCAUGUUUUGCAACUCUAGCAAUCUAUUGGAAUUUGGAAAUGACUUUGGUAUCAGCUGGAUGGUUAUUUGAUUUUCCACUGAAACUCCAAAUUCUCUGGUUAAUGUUAUCUGGCAAAGAAUUGUACUUUGUCUCUCUGAUAAAGGAAAUGCAAUGAACUAUUUUGUUCGAUGUUACCUA